UUCGGUGCUGCUGUUACAGAUGGACUGAUGAUCCCCAGUCUGGGUGGACACAGUCCUGUGCUGAGCGUGGGCAGUAUGGAGGAUGACUCCCACUGCAUGUCCUUCGCCCAGAUGCUCCGAGAUGGCAAAGCCAGGGGUGAUGUCGGGCCUAAGAUCACCCCAAAGAAAGUGGACAUGCUGCUGCCCCCCCCAGUGGCAGACAGUGAUGGGGAGAGUGACUGCUCAGACCGGGUUCCUGUGCCCAGCUUCCAGAACUCCUUCAGCCAGGCCUUUGAGAAGGCGCUGAUGCAGCUGGACCAUGGGCCCCCGGCCACCCCACAGCCUGCUCCCAUACCAGAAGAGAAAGGGGGCAAGAAGAAAAAGAAGAAGCAGAAGCUUCUGUUCAGCACCUCUAUGGUUCACACCAAGUAGAAGAGGACUCGCACACGCACACACACACCUCACCUCACACAC